AUGGAGAGGUACGAGGUGCUCAAGGACAUCGGCGACGGCAAUGUCAACGUCACGCGGAUGAUGUGGAACAAGGAGACUGAGGAGGUCGUCGCCAUGAAGUACAUCCCAUGGGGCUUCAAGCAUGAGAGAUAUAAUAUAUUCUUUUCAUCCUCACAAACUAUUGGAGAUGGAGCUCAUUUUGCAGAAUUUUCUACCGAGUUGCCAAAUUUUGAGGGCCUGCAAUUGAAGAAUACAACACUUUUUGUUGGAGUGGAGACUAGAGUAAUCAUAUCUGCUGCAAGAGAGAUGUAUUUUAUUUUUGUUGGACAUUUUCUGCAUCUUUUAUGGAUGGUAACAUUUGAGACAGCAAUUUCAGUGCAAGCCAUCAAGAUCAACUUCAACAUGUCUGGUCUCUAA